GUGGAACUUCCUUCUGUCUUGCUUGCUUUAAUAGAGUUGGGAAAUUCUUAUUUGAAUGUGUGUUUUUAGAAGAUAUGCUCCCAAGAUCGCAUCACAAGGGUACAAAAGGCACAUGCAUACGGAUUCCAGUGAAGACGUCAAACCUCGACAGCUGAAGCUGAUCCAUUUCUCUAAUGGAGAGAUUCUGAGUGAGGAAGAGGAGGAAGAAAAUGAGCUUCAUCAAGCGUUCGGUGCUCCUGGUGCGGGAAACUGGAAAUGGAAGGAUUAUCCUUGGUUUUGGGCGACACAGUUUGUGAGGAACUCUUUGCGAGUUUGUGAUUUCCUUGGAGAGAAAAUGGCUAGUUUACUGGGACUGAAUGCUGCUAAAUAUCAGUAUGCUGUUGAUCAGUAUCACAGAGAUCAUCAGAAUGAAACAGAAGAAGCUCUCUCCAUGAGCACCAAGGAGAAUCAGGAGAGAAUUCAUCUAUCUCAGUUAGUAAACAAACCAUAUGGAGCCAUAAAUGUGCAGGACAACACGGAAGUACACACCUCAGAAGAGACACCACAACACGAAAGAGAACACAAGGAGAAAUGCAACUGUGACACUGUCAAUUAUGAUCAUUGAAGUCAACAUGAGAGCCUCUUUUAAUUCUGUAAUGUGACAUAGGCUAUUUCAAAAUAUUAACCCUUGAGCGACCUUCGGGACAUUUUUGUCUUUUUCAUUUUUGUUUAAUGUGUUUAUGCCAACGCCAUACAUUUUGCCAAAGGUGUGUAUUGCUGGGGAAAAUGUUAUAUUUCAACCUCAGUUCCUAUAAUACAUCUAUAAUACACAAAAUAGUCACACUCGGGACCUUCAGGACAAAAAUGUCCCCCAUUGAAACCCAUUAAAAUGGCAAUAUUUGAGCCCAGAUACAUUAAAGCAUAAAAUCAUGACUUCUAUGAUAUUAUGCUUUCAUUCCAGAGCCCUGGCUUCAAAAUUAUAAUUUGUUUUAUAUUUUCCUUCAUGUUUAGCCUAUGGAGCAAAUACAAGCUUUUCACCUAUUCUCUGUUUACUGUAUUAUAGAGCACUGCAGGCCAAUUGAAUAAAU